AAACGUGGCGAAAACUUCGUAGUAUCAAACGGAAUGUCACCCUUGUAUAAAAUUUGGAUUCACGUAAGAAUGCGCGAACCGGUUACCGGUUCUGUGCGUGAUGCGACGAACGUCUUUGUCGUAAUAUCGAGUAAUAUCGGAGAACUGAACGUAUUGCUGAUGAAAGAUUUCAUUAUCGCGACGCAAUUUGUCUCACGCUAAAUCCUCGAACGAGUACGGUCGUCUUUUUAUUGUAUUAUAUAUUUAUUAUAUUAUAUUUUGCUCAAUAAUACUAUCAAAGAUCUAAAGACAUACGAUCGACAUGGAGGAGAAAUUGCUGCAAAUUCUCGAAGACGUUGGGUACACGGGGCCAAUGCUUGACGCCGACAAGAUAUCACACGCCCUGAAACUUGGUGCAAAAUCGCCAGACUUUACUAGUCUUGUAAGUUGGCUUGCUGAGCAACUUGCAACAUUUAUCGACAUAGAUGAGACUGUUCAUGCUACAACAAGCGCAGAUGAUGCUAGUUCAUUUCUCCUAGAAUUAAGCUUUUUUCUGAAGGAAAUAGGAUGUGUAAAUGAGAAACUAAUGACUGGACAUAUAAAUCAAAGACUGGCUAAUGAAUUUGAAAGAGCUAUCCUGAUAGAAUUUUUAGUUACAGAACUUAUGACUUGUAAAUUAUUGGAAGUGAAAUAUCCCAAAGAGGAAAAACAGAUGGAAGUUACUAUUGAUGAGAGUGAUACUGCAAGAAGCUUGAAAAAUAUUCUAGUAACACUAAAAUUUCAAAAACCACCGGACAAUAUUUCGCCUGAAUUAUUGUUCUCAAGAUUAGAAACUAAAUUAUCAGAAGUAUUAAAGACUGUGUCAACCGAUCAUUUAGGAAAACCACUUAUAGAGAUAGAACUCUCUGCUAAGCAGUGGGAUGAAUUGGGUAAAUUGCAAGAAGAGAUGCACAAAGAGUACACAAUUCGUCGUGAAAUGUUACUUAAGCGUCUUGAUGUUACAGUUCAAUCAUUCUUGUGGUCAGACAGGAUAAAGCUACAGGAAAAUGAAGUAAACACUAGAUACGAGGAGAGGAGAAAGACUCUGAAAAACGAACCGAAAGUGACAAUGGCUGAUCUAUUGGCAGCAAGAGACGAUCUAGCUGUGAUCGAGAAAACGAGUAACGCAAGUGUUCGCAAAAAUACAAAAAGCAAAGUCAACAGUGUCAUUAUCGGAGCGGUGCCGGACAGAGGUGGCAGACCAUACGAACAAGAACCACCUCCACCAGAGAUGCCACCAUGGCAGAAGGACAGAGUUCAAGGUCCACAAGGACCACAAUCGUUUCGGGGCGGAAGAGGAGGAGGAGGAGGAGGAGGAGGAGGAGGUGGAGAUAGAGGUCGCGGAGGUAGAGGAGGAGGAAGUGGCGGCUAUCGCGAUCAUAAAGAUGCCGGUAGCAACUUCGGCCAAAACUUGGAUCAGCAAUCUCAAUAUUCAGGACAUGGGCAUAGAGAAUGUUAUCCGGAUCAUAGAGACACAGGAGGAUAUCAGAGAGGUGGCAGUAGAGGCGGAAAUUAUCGAGCAAAUUCGGAUGCGAAUUAUGGUCAAAAUUACAAUCAAAAUUAUAGCCAAAGCUAUGACUAUCAACAAUCACAGUAUUCUGGCCAAAGAGAUUCUUAUGGAAGUGACAAUCGAAGUGGUGGAAACUAUUAUCAAGACAGGAGAGAGAGUGGAGGAAGGGAAGGGAGUGGAAGAGGAGGUAGAGUUCAAGGUGGAUGGAACCAAAGUGGCAAUAAUUAUGGCACGAAUAAUUAUCAACGCGGCGGCUAUAAUAGAGGCAGGGGUCGACAAUACUGAAUUUUGAUCAUAGCAAAGGUUUAUAUCACAAGCUAUAAUGAUAUUAAAAUAAUCAUAUGAUAUUAAUAAUUACUAUUCACGCUUAUGCUUAUAAUAACACAAAAUGUAUGUGUUUGAUCUUAAAAUUUUUAAGUUUAAAAUAUCUCUAGAUGAAGUAAUAAUUUUGAAUUGUUAUUUUUAAGAACAUAUUUAGUUAACAAUAUUUAAAAAAUUGGAUUAUUAUUAUUAAGAACUGUUACGUAUUGCUCUCACACAAAGAGCUUUUAAAAUGACAGCUUUUAAUUUCGUCAUUAUAAUCAAUUGGAACAUGUAUAUAUAUAACUAUGCUACAAAAAUCAAGCAUAAUAAAAAUACAAUAAUUAUGUAAAUAUAUAUUUGUCCAUUUGUCUAAAGUAGAUGGAUUAAUUUAUAACAUGAGAUAUAAAGACUGUAAAUUAAGUCAUGGAAAUAUAAUAAAUUGUGCAAAUAUAUAU